UGGUGUUCGCUUCUGCCCUCAGGACUCCACACACGCGACGCCUGGGCUGCCCCAAGCGAAGGUUUCAAGUGAAAAGGUCAAAUGGCAGGAGAAUGGUAUGUGGAAGGGUAUUCUUUCCAUGUCUUCAAGUAAAAAGUAAAUGUCAUCCUUAAAAACUAAACGAAGUGCCCACUCCAUCCAGAACAAUGCUAAACAGUGCUGCUGAUGAGAAAGUAUGGAUGGGAACAAGAUGGAGUCAUGAGGAACUUGAUUUAAAUCUGUGCAUCGCCAAAGGCAAGGAGCUGAGAACAUGGAUGGAGAGAAGUUUCAGCAGAAGGCUCUGAAGCAAAAUAAGCAGAAGAAAUCCAAGUCGGCUGAAUUUCUGAUGGUUAAAGAAGAUAGAGAAGCUACAGAAGGCUUUGAAAAUCCAGCUUUUAACAUGAGCACCUCAGACCUCUCAGCACAUCAGGCUUCAGAAGAGAAAAUUAUUAGGCAUGACACACUAGAUCGCACCCUUGCAGCUCACCAACAAAAAUCCAGGCUGCCAGUCUCCACAGAGCCAAAAGGAAAUGAAUACGGCAGAAAUUACUUUGACCCACUGAUGGAUGAGGAAAUAAACCCAAGGCAGUGUGGGAUGGAGGUCAGCAGAGAGGGUGACAACAAAGUUUUCUGUAAUCAAUUAAUGGAGUUGUCUGAUGAGAGUGGACGAGAAGAAUCUCAAGAUGGGAGCACCAAGGAGGAGAUUUUGGAUUCUGAAGCACUCACAAGUUCCUGUAAGAUUUAUGAAACCCACAAAGAGGCAGAUGAAGCCAUCCCUGAUUCCAUCAAGGCGUUUGAAAGACAUGCUCAGAAAGACAUAACUCUGAUCGGAAGUUCUCCGUUUGAACAGGACUUGAAAUUUGAAGAAGGACUCCACCAGUACAUUCCUAUGUCAUGUUUAAAGAUGGACAAAACAUCCAAGAAAGUUCCAGGUCAGCCAUUCACUGCAGCCUUACAUGUUUGUAAAAACAGCAGUGUCACGAAGCUUGGUUCCCUCACAGAAGUAACUCACAGUUGCCAGGGAGUGGCUGGAUCUGGCUGGAAGGUUGAGCAGUCUCAGCCGCCUCAGCUGCUUCAAAUACAGAUCAAAUGCAUCCGAGGCCUCAAGGAUAAGGCUCCUCGAGGCUGUUAUUUCCUCAAAGUGUCCCUGCUUAGUCGGCUGGGAGGCUGUGUCUUGCAGUGGUGGCCAACAGAGCAGCUGAGGACCAGAACACACCCUGUUAGGCAUGACGGCAACUUUUACAACACGGGGCUAUUUUUCCACCAAAGCCUUUACAUGGGAUUCCCUCAAAGGAAAGAUGUGAAACCUGGCAUGGCUUUCCUCUUUGAACUGUUUCUCCUUCGUGGGACGUGUGCUUGCCUUGACCAGGCUGUGGGCUGGGCAGUCUUUCCUGUGUGUGAUAACAACUUUGAUAUUGUGGAGGGAAAAUUCAAAAGUCCCAUUCUCCGAGGACAUUAUGAAAAGAAACUUAGCAGUUUCAGGAAAAUUGAAGAUUUGAUUUGCUUGGACUUGGACCACUGGCUGUGCAAUCUCUAUUUUCAGGUAAUCAAACUUCCUUUGCAUUUCGAUGAUCAAAAAGUACAUGAAAACUGUACUCGGCUCUCCCCUGAAUUUUCCGUCUGUUUAGUGGCUGAAGCAGAGAAAGCAAAAUUAAAUACGGACAACCCAGCCGGCCUCUCAGGGAAAACAACCCAGGAAAAGAUUCCUGUGUCAACGGAGCAUGGAGCUGAAUCUGCCUUACACUCUUCUCAUGGGAGCAUUUCUAAUAAAACGGAUCUCUGCCCUACGGACUGUGAUCUUGGUCUCUUAAAAGAAGACCAUGAAUUCCACUCUAAGGGAGGUAGCCUGACCGAUCAUUCAGUGAAGGAAAAACCAACCAUUUGUAAACCUGGAGAAUUUGAAGAUUAUUUGCAAGAUACAUCUUACUUGGAAGAACUAGAGAAACACCAAUUUUCAGUUUGUGUCCCCUGCAAGUCCGUAUCAGGAGGCCGAUGGGUCAGCACUGGAAGGCUGAAGAGUCUACACUGGCUGCAGGCCGAAGGAUCUGCACCAGAAGCUGAAGAGUCUGCACUGGGAGGCAGAAGGAUGGUGUCCAUGUUGAAAUGUCAUACCUUUAUACCAUCCAGGGGACGUGGCUUUGAAGGGGAUAUUGGGACCCUGCCUGCCACCGCACUACUCCUGGCCAUCGUGAGCAGCCUGCAGCCUCUGCUGCCGCAUGCUUCAUCAUCAUGCACAGGCACAACAGGGCCCACUGGCAGUGGUCUGAAACUUCUGAUACUCAGUUCUUCAAUUGCUGGCAGUAGUGGAUCUGGAGGACUCUUCAAGCAUCUCCACUUUGUGAUGGUGUCGGUAUUUUCAGAGUUGCAGUUUGCUCAGUGGCAAAGCCAGGGCUUCUGGUGCACCAUCCUGCUGCUGGCUUCGCUCUGCUUCCUGAGGCUUUGCUUACAUUACCUUGGCCAGUGGCUUUUCCUCCAGGCCAUCUCAGCUCCAGUGACAAAAUUCCACCUUUACCCCUACACAGUUGAGCUUUGCUACUUGGAGUCUUCACUUAGCAUCUCAGAGGAGCUGGCUGUGGUUGUAGUGGGGCCUCUCAUGCUGAACACAGCCAUAUUUCUUUUGGUUCUGAUCAGAUGGGGCUGUCGGCUGCUGUUUGCCUCCUGCCCUGACGUCUUGUCAAAGUUAAUCAUUGCCAUGGGACUAUGGACGGUUCUAGACCCCCUGAUGGUGUUGAUAGUGGAUAUUUUCCUGGGGCGACUUACACGUAACGGCGAGGCCCCUAUAGCGGAUGCAGCCAAGCUCUACUGGGUGUUUGUAAGAACACAACAAUCACAAAGUCUUGCUGUGAUGAUCACCACACUACUUUACAUCUUCCUGUUCAUCAUUUCUUCCUUGAUUUUAUAUAUGUAUUGUCUCAGGCUGCACAGUGACUCUUGGAUAUUAGAUGCAUUUCAGCGUGUCCAUAGCGAAGAAACCAAGUUCUUUGUACCAUACGAUUUGGAGAUUUCCAAUCAGGAGCUAAGUUACAUAGUGAAAAGAUCAGAGCAGUGGAGAGGAGUCGGUGGUGAAAGAAGGAAGGUGGCAGUGUAUGAUUACAUCAGGAGAAGCCACAGCAUCAAGUCCAGUGUCUCCAGCUGUGACCUUCCACAUCAAAAUGAAAUUUCUGUGUCUGCACUUGGUGCAGGAGAUAUUACUUCUCAUGUGUCUGUAUACACCGUUUAUCCCAGCGGGUUCCAAGAGCUGUUCCGCCAUUUUCUCAGACUCCCCAGUGGCGCCAUUGUUGAGGUGUUUGGUGACAUCAGUGCCUUACAGUUUGUCCCCAGCGAGGUGGCUGCAGCUAUCCAAGAGCACAUAAGUGAAAUGGACACAGGACUCAGGGACUCCUGCACUACAAGCCCAAGACAUGAAAAGGAUCUUUUAAAGUAAAAAGAUAUUUUUCCUGCUGGUUAAGCAUUCAAUUCUGCUGUAGAUGAGUGCAUCCAUGAAGAAGGAGCCACCAACGGCCACCUCCUUCUUGUUUUCCUGAGGCUGUACCACGGCGACCAGUCACAGUGCAAAGACUAGGUUCAACUUCCUCACCAACCC